UUCUCGUCUUUAGAAAAGAAAGAAAUAAAAAGAGUUAUUUUGUUGGUAUUAUAUAUCAAUCAUAUUUCUGCAAUCUUGCAUAUCAAGUCUGAACUGAACCAAUUCAACUUCUUUUGUUUUCAUUCGUUGAUGGCUGGCUCCAGUCUAAUCUCCAGGUUGCUUUGGUCUCCCAGUCAAAGAUGAACACUCAGUGAAGUGCUCGUUGGUGUUGGACUAUUUCGCAAUGGAAAAGAGGAAAUGGUUGUGGAAGAGGAAGCCUUCUGACAAAAGUCCAUUUGAAAGUGAGAGUUCGCGGUCGAUAUCUUCGCAUUCAGAGAGAUACUCUGAUGAUCCGGAGGCAUUCGAGUCAUCUCCUAGUCACGACACUCAAUCACCUGAAGUCACAUCAAAAGCUAUGGAAAGUGCUGAAGAUGUUAGUGGCGCUUCAUCAAAGAAAGAUGUUAAUGAUAGUAUUCAAAGCCUGACAGAGAAGUUAUCAGCUGCUUUAGUAAAUGUUAUUGCCAAAGAAGACUUGGUGAAGCAGCAUGCAAAAGUUGCAGAAGAAGCUGUUGCUGGAUGGGAGAAGGCUGAAAAUGAAGUGGUGGUCCUAAAGCAACAACUUGAAUUUUCAGUUCGGAAAAACUCAGUUCUUGAAGAUCGGGCGAACCAUCUUGAUGGGGCCCUCAUAGAACUUGUUCGGCAGCUACGACAAACAAGGGAGGAGCAGGAGCAAAUGAUUCACGAAGCUGUGAUGAUGAAAACCCGAGAGUGGGAAACCACUAAACUCAAACUUGAGAGCCAGCUUCUUGAGCUCCAAAGCAACACUGAAGUGGCUAAAUCUGGAUCUCAUGCAAAUAUUGAUCCUGAUAUUUGCCAGAAACUUGAAUAUUUGGAGAAGGAGAACUCAGCUCUCAAACUUGAGCUCCAAUCACAAUCUGAAGAGUUGGAAAUCAGGACGAUCGAGUGGGACUUGAGUACCCAAGCAGCUGAGAUGGCCAGCAAGCAACAUUUAGAGAGCAUAAAGAAGGUGGCCAAGCUUGAGGCUGAGUGCCGGAAGCUUAAAUCAAUGCCUUGUAAAUCAUUCAGGGUUAAUGAUCAUAAAUCCACUCUUGCCUCCUCUAUUUGUGUUGAAUCCCUUGCAGAUAGUCAGUCAGAGAGUGGAGAGAGGCUCAGCUUGGGAGAGAUUGAUACUCGCAAAAUGAGUAGUUCAGAGUCAAAUAAGAGUGAACAUAGUUGCUCGGACUCGUGGGCAUCUGCCCCGAUUUCUGAACUUGAUCAGUUCAAAAAUGACAAGACUGUUAAAAGAAAUAUCCAAGCCUGUUCUGUUCAAAUUGAUCUCAUGGACGAUUUUCUUGAGAUGGAGCGACUUGCUGCACUACCCGAAACCAAAAGUGAAAGCCAUGGUUUUGCACCAAUAGUUUCCAAUCAAUCCACUAAUGGAGAAAGCUCCCUGAGAACUGAACUAGAAGCCCUGACUCGUCAGAAAGCUGAAUUAGAAGAGAAGCUAGGGAAGGUGGAAGCACAGAAAGCUGACCUGGAGAGUGCUCUAUCCACAAGUCAAGACCGUAUUGAGGUAUCCCGGCUUCAGCUGAGGGAGGCAGAACUAAAGUUGGAGGAGUUGCAAACAGAGCUGAACAUCGUGAAAGAAACCAAGCAAGUUGUCGAGUCUAGACUCAUUAGCAUGGAAGCAGAAGCAAGGACCAUGUCAGCAAAAGUUGACGCUUUAGAAGUAGAGGUUCAGAAAGAGAGGACUUUGUCAGCAGAAAUUGCAGCCAAGUGUCGAAAAUCAGAGGAAGAGCUAUCAAGGGAGAGGCAGGAAAUUGAACUUCAGAAAACUACAAGCUCGAAUGGUGAAUUGAAGAUAAAACAGGAGGACAUAGCUGUAGCUACUGGAAAACUUGCAGAGUGCCGUAAAACAAUAGCAUCUCUUGGGAAUCAGCUGAAAUCUCUAGCAACACUGGAGGACUUCCUGAUUGAUACUGCCAACAUAUCAGAGCUUUCUGCAGGUGCAUCCGUGAUAUCUAAAGCUGACGGAGAAUUGUGGAAAUUGCAUUGUAAUGAAACAUUUUUACCUAAAAGAGAUUCUUAUUCUUCACGAAUGGCCGAUGAAAGUUCUGGCCCUUUAGUAAAUAAAAAUGAAGAGAACUCCCCACCAUUUUCAUCUUCAGCAACUUCAGCUGCUGCAUCGUCAAUUCAUGUCAUUUCUGAGAAGAAUCGAAAUGGGUUUGCGAAGUUCUUCUCACGUACGAAGAGUGGGAUAAUUUAGUGAGGAUGUACAAAACAAGGAGUAAAUGGUUUCUCAGUUGUAAACAGAGAAUUCUGGACUCUUUUCCAUUUGAAAGCUGAGGAUUACAUGCCCGUUUAAUCGGCAGCAAAAGAGUUUGCUCCAUUUCCUUUUCAUAUGAAUGGGGAUCUUUGCAAUCUGAAAUGCCAGGCAAGUCCUCUGUUUAUGUUUUGUUUAAUGAAAUGAUCAUUAGAACGAGAUUCUGAUUCUUCACGAAUGGAAGAUGGUGGGAAUACAUCUCCAUUUUCAAA